AUGAAGUUCAGCAAUAAUGUUUUAGCAUUUUAACACCAAGAUUCUACUGCAUGGAUUAUCACAGUACUAUAAAAGCUAAGCCAUGAGUUUAGCCUAUAUGUGUAGCUACUUGAUAGAAAAGGCGGAUGUCUGAAAAGGCUGUUUAAGAGUCAGUGCGGUAAAUCAGAUUUAGUUUCAUCAUGGAAGACACUAAAACAACUAACAAUGAGGAUUAUUCUCCAGGAUUCAGUUCACUUCAUCAGGAGAGAUCAGAUCCAGAGCCCAGCUGUGUGUCUUUGAGGAGUGACGGGUCUAUGGGUCAUCCAGUACAUUUUAACAGUGGAGAUACCAAGAUUGAUCUCAGUUCAGUUCAUCCGAAGCGAUCAAAGCCAGAGUUCAGCUGUGUGUCUUUGAGGAGUGACGGGUCUAUGGGUCAUCCAGUACAUUUUAACAGUGGAGAUACACAGACUGAUCUCAGUUCGUUUCAUCAGAAGAGAUCAGAUCCAGAGCUCAGCUGUGUGUCUAUGAGGAGUGACGGGUCUAUGGGUCAUCCAGUACAUUUUAAAUGUAGAGAGAAACAGACUAAUCUUAGACAAAAUCUUAUCAACGCUUUUAGAUCAAAUCUGCUGAAGAAGUUUGAGUGUCUGUAUGAGGGAACAGCGGAGCAGGGAAACCCAACACUCCUGAAUGAAAUCUACACAGAGCUCUACAUCACAGAGAGUGAGAGUGGAGAGAUCAGUCAUGAGCAUGAGGUGAGACAGAUUGAGACACAAUCCAGGAGAUCAGCAACAGAGGACACAGCGAUCAAAUGCAGAGACAUCUUUACACCUUUACCUGGACAAAACAAAGCCAUCAGAACUGUGCUGACGAAGGGAGUCGCUGGCAUUGGAAAAACAGUCUCUGUGCAGAAGUUCAUCCUGGACUGGGCUGAACAGAAGGAGAAUCAGGACGUCCAGCUCAUAUUUCCACUUCCGUUCAGAGAGAUCAAUCUGAUGAAGGACAAAACACUCAGUCUGUCAGAUCUUCUUCAGCUCUUUUUCCCUCAAACUAAAGAAAUGGAAAUAUCCAGUGACAAAUAUAAAGUGCUGUUUAUCUUUGAUGGUCUGGACGAGUGUCGUCUGUCUCUGGAUUUUCAGAGUGCUGUGAGGUUGUGUGACGUCAGUGAAUCCGCCUCAGUGGACGUGCUGCUGACGAACCUGAUUGUGGGGAAUCUGCUUCCCUCUGCUCUCAUCUGGAUCACCUCCAGACCAGCAGCAGCAGAUCUCGUCCCCUCUGAGUGUGUCCAUCGAGUGACAGAGGUACGAGGCUUCAAUGACCCUCAGAAGGAGGAAUACUUCAGCAAGAGAAUUAGUGAUCAGAGUCUGGCCAAUACAAUCAUCUCACACCUGAAGUCCUCCAGGAGCCUCUACAUCAUGUGCCACAUCCCAGUGUUCUGCUGGAUCUCAGCCACUGUUCUGGAGAAGAUGUUGAGUGAAGCAGAGACUGCAGAGAUCCCCAAGACUCUCACUCAGAUGUACACACACUUCCUAAUCCUGCAGACCAACAACAAACAUCAGAAGGACUAUGAGGAGAAGGUGACGGAUGAAGACAUGAUCCUCAAACUGGGGAAAGUGGCUUUUCAGCAGCUCAUGAAAGGCAAUCUAAUCUUCUAUGAGGAAGACCUGAGAGAGUGUGGCAUUGAUGUGGCAGAAGCUUCAGUUUACUCAGGAUUGUGCACUCAGAUCUUCAGAGAGGAGUUUGGCUUGUAUCAGGGGAAAGUCUUCAGCUUCGUUCAUCUGAGCAUUCAAGAACAUCUAGCAGCUCUAUAUGUGCACCUCUCCUGUAUAAACCACAACAGAUAUGAGUUUGAGGAAAUUAACAAACAGAAUUUGUGGUCUAAAGUUAGGGACUAUCUGUACUUAAAUUCCUCACAACCUGUUCCAUUAUCUGAGCUGCAUCAGCGAGCUGUAAAUGAGGCUCUACAAUGUAAAAAUGGCCAUCUGGAUCUUUUCCUGCGGUUUCUUCUGGGUCAGUCAGUGGAGUCUCAUCAGAUUCUCCUACAAGGACUAAUGAAAAUGAAAAGCAAAUCAAUCCAGAAUAAUAAAACAGUCGAGUACAUCAAGAAGAAGAUCAGGACCAUCGACUCUCCAGAGAAAUCCAUCAAUCUGUUUCACUGUCUGAAUGAACUGGGUGAUCAUUCACUAGAGGAGGAAAUACAGCAGUAUCUGAAGUCUGGAACAUUAAAUGAAGCCAAACUCUCUUCAUCUCAGUGGUCAGCUGUAGUUUUUGUGUUGUUGACAUCAGAGAAGAAGCUGGAGGAGUUUGAUAUUAAUGAAUUUGUUGCUGGAAACAAUAAAACUGAAAAACUGUUCAUUUUUAAGAAGCUGCUGCCUGUGAUUAGAGAAUGCAGAUCAGUCCAGUUGAGUAAUUGUGGUCUCACAGAUGAAGGUUGUGCUGUUUUGGUUUCAGCUCUGAGAUCAAACCCUGAACACCUGAGAGAACUGAAUCUGUCUGAAAAUAAACUAAGAGAUUCAGUGACUCUUCUUACUGCUCUUCUGGAGGAUCCUCACUGUAAACUGGAGAAACUGGGGUUGAGUGAUUGUGGUCUCACAGAGGAAGGUUGUGCUGCUUUGGCUUCAGCUCUGAUAUCAAACCCUGAACACCUGAGAGAACUGAAUUUGUCUGAGAAUAAACUUGGAGAUUCAGUGACUCUUUUCUCUGCUCUACUAGAGGAUCCUUUCUGUCAACUGGAGAAACUGUGGUUGAUUGAUUGUGGUCUCACAGAUGAAGGUUGUGUUGCUUUGGCUUCAGCUCUGAUAUCAAACCCUGAACACCUGGGAUAUCUGGAUCUGUCCUGGAAUAAACUAUCAAAAUCCACAGGGAAGCUGUUCUCUGUUAUGAAGGACAACCCACAUUUUAAACUGAACACAUUUUUCUUUUGAUUCUCAGUGUUAAAUUUGCUCAGGAUCAGCCGAUGGUGAAUAAAGAGAAACGUCACAGACACAAUAAACACACUGAAGACACACAGACUCACACUAACUGCACAACACUGGCUUGUUUUUAUAUCAAAUGGCCAGAAGAAUGUAAAUUACUCAUUAUUUUUCACAUUGUCCAGAUAUUGAUUAUAUUGAAAAAAAAUAAAACACUCCUAUUGUAAUCAGUAAGCCAUUGACAUGAUGUAAAUAUGAAUGUUAGAUGUAAAUAUGAAUAUUAGAAAAAUAAGAUUUUUAUUUUUAUGUUUUUAGUUUAAACUUGGUUUACUCAGAGAAAGUCCAAAUUUUAACUACAGAAGAGAUCUGUAAUCAUUUAGCAGAUUUAACAUGCUCAUCUAUUAAUGUUCCCGCUCUACUUUUCUUGAUGACAAACAUCCCUGACGGUCACAACAAAACUGAAAUAGGAAGAAAAUCUAAUUUAUUUUAUAAGUCAAGACAUGAUGAGAUUGUUUAUACAAGAUGCCGCAUUGGACACACGAGCUGAAUCAGUCACUGUUGAAGACUUGAUAAAUAUCUACAGAUAUCUGUUUCCAAAGAUUUGGAGUUGAUUGAAGACUAAAAUAUUUUGGAAAGUUGAGCUGAUUGAAAGACGUGUUUUUACUG